CAUGGAUUCCCUUGAUGUAUAUGCGGAACAGUUUUCACAAUCUACCAUUCUUUCCCAACCUAUUACAAAGCCUAUACAGAAUUCACUGCUCUGGGAAGAAGAAUCCUUCCCAAAAUAUGUUUGUCGUAUAUGCAAAAAGACAUUUUAUAAUGCGACAGCUUUGCAAAAUCAUAAAAAUAUGCAGCACGAUAACAAUGGGUCCAGUAGUGACAACGAGCAGAAUGUUUUGCGACAGAGCGAUCAGGUGUAUAAUGAUCUAAGUGCGUUCAAGUUUAUACCAUUAAGAAAUUAUGAGGAGUCUGCUGAUGUAACAGUUCAGGACGGUCUGAUGACGCGUCUUUUCAAUGAGGAUACAACGUAUUUGUUGGUGAAAGUGGAAGGAGGUGACAUGGACGUCGAGUGUACGAAGAGAUCCCGGAUGGGGGGUGUUUUAAAACGAACUCAGAAUAAGCCAGGAAAACCCCCUGUUGACUUGAGGGGUCCUUUUACGUGCACUUUUCCAUCAACGCUACGUCCAGAUCUACAGUGCCGUCAAAUAUUUUUUAACUGCUGCGAUUAUUCUCUACACUACCGGGAAGAGCACACUAAGAGACGCAAAGCUGCUCUGCGUUGCCAAGUGUGUGAGAAGCCACUCGACAGAGACGUCUACUCGGAUACCUCGAUCGCAGCGCAAAUUCAAGCUGUGAAUCUAUUGACCUAUUAUUGUCAAAUAUGUGGCCAGACCUUCGUAAAUGGUACAGAAUAUGAUGCCCAUAAUCGCAUCGCCCACGCAAAGAUGAAACCCCACCAAUGUUCUAUAUGCGCCAAACGUUUUACUCAACAAGGCGGUCUUCAACAGCAUAUGCGGAUGCAUACAGGUAUUCGCCCGUUCGGAUGCACUUUUUGUCCGAAAGCUUUUACGCAAAAGGCUGGUCUUGAUCAGCAUUUGCGUACCCAUACGAAAAUAAAGCCGUUUAAAUGUGUGAUAUGCAGCAAGUGCUUCUCGCAGUCGGUUCAUUUACGUCAGCAUAUGCGUACACAUACAAAUAUCCAGCCCUUUAAAUGUUCAGUAUGCGGGAGAAGGUUUAAGCAAAGCAGUCAUCUAAAUUUUCAUAUGAGAUCGCACAUAGGUGAUACGGAUCAACUGCUCGUGGAUCAGUACUCGCAAGCUCUGCACCGUCAGAAUCCGAUGGAGUUUUUGAAUAUGGCGAGUUUGCAGCCGGUUCAAGAUGGCGAGAGCGUAUACUUUGCAGUGGAACUUGGCAAUGAACCUGGGCAACGUACAGCAGAGCAUAAUCCUUUUGGUUAUCAAUCGCAUCCUGUGCUCCCCGAUAACGUUCUGUCAUUGUAAACCGGUUCACG